CGCGUCAUGUGACGUGAAGGCGGAAGCUGUCACAUAAACAGAAAACUGGCAUAAAAAGAGCACAAACGUCUCCAUUUAAACUUCUCAUUUUGCUAUUUGUUAUCUCCGCAUGCAGCGUAUGAGUGCAUGGUGAGUCAUGUCUGCAAGCCAUACAAAGGACUCCAGCUUUUUGGGAGGCAGGAUACCACCAGAAAUCGACUCAAUGUCGAAAAACCUGAAGGAUGUGGACCAAGAGCUGUUCAGAAAAAUACUGAAAGCUGUGGUCAGCGCCCUGGAGGGGAAGGACUGCAGAGAGGUGAUGAAGUCUAUAGCAGAGAGCAGCACCAUCCCCCAGGAGAGGCUCAGUCACAUCGUAGCUGGGAUGUACAGAGUGCUGUCCGAGGCCAUCCGCAUCCCCACAUCAUCCCUUAAACAGGAGGCCUUCAGAGAAGAUCUCAAAGAACUAAGGAUACCUGAAGAUUUUAUCACAGACUUCGCCAGUGUGGUUUUUGGCAACAGGCGUGCAGCUCUAGAUGCAGCAACUUCCCGGAAUGAUCCUCACCUCCCCACAUUAGAAGACUUUAAAUGGCGAGUGGACGUUGCCAUUUCUACAAGCUCUUUAGCCAGGGCCCUGCAGCCUUCUGUUCUGAUGCAGAUGAAACUAUCAGACGGGAGCUUUCACCGCUUUGAGGUGCCUGUGUCUAAAUUCCAAGAGCUCCGUUACAACGUGGCUCUGAUUCUCAAAGAGAUGAACGAUCUGGAGAAGAGGAACAUUCUCAAGAUCCAAGAUUGAUAUACAACGCAGGCCUGUUAUUUAAUAAAGCUGUCCUCUCUGCUUGUUUUGUAAGAUUUAGUGGAGUUUUGUAAAUUGCAUUGAAUCAUUUUAAUCAUUUCAAAUGUGAUAUUAUGAGAGAUAAUAGUAAUCUGCCUGUCAUGGUGUUAUGAUUUGAUGGUGUUGGCAUCCAACAUACUUAACUGCUGACAGAGUGCAAAAUGAUAACAAGAGUUAGCCAGCUGGCUGCUUUACAGGAGUACCUAAUGGCCAUA